CAGAUGUAGACACAGUCUAGAGUGAAGAGUGACAAGAGAUCUCGAUCUUCAUCUAUAAUUAGAGAUCUAAAUUAUAUAAUCUAGAUCUAUAUCUACCUGUUGAUGCAACACACCAAGAGACAAACACGAUAAUUUAUUGAUUUAAUGAUUAGGAAUUAAUUUAUCGAGUGUAGUCUAGAGGCUAAGACUAAGAGACAGAGUGAGAGUGUCACAGAGUCAGUAUCAGUAGAUUUUGAGAGUCUGAGUGACUCUGAGUAAAGUAAUCUCAGUGACUGACAUAGAGUGAAGGAAUGGAAGGGCAUAUGUUCAAACUUUUACAUAAACUUAUUAAACCUCAUCUGCCGCGGUCAUUUGUAACAUCAAUGAAGCUUCCUGUCCUGCCAGGGGGAAUCACUAAAAGAUCAAUAGAAGAGCCAGCAGUAAAUUGUUUAUUCAGUGGGACGACAGUGUUGUCCUCAUCAUCAUCUCACUUGAAGAAAUCAUGCUGUACACAGCAUCGUCCAUUGUCCAGUGCAUGCAGCACUCUGAAAAGGAGGUCAUUGAUUUAUUGUUUAACACACAGUUGCCAACAACGUUGUUACACCAACUCACCGCAACAUCGUUACUCAACAAAAAUUGAAUCCUCUGCACUUCUUCAAGAUCAUUCUGCUCUGCAAGUACGACGGCAGACACGUAAAAAGAUUCCUAAAACAACUGACGAGAAUGAGACUUUACAAAAAGAUAAUGUAGUAGCCUAUGCAGUAGCUGAAGAAAUAGAUCUCAAGUCUCUAGAGAUUUUUUUGGUCAAGCAAGGUCUUUAUGCAGUGGAGAAAUUACCUUCAGAUGUUACUGAUGCCAUACACGUGAGAGGCAAAUAUAAUGUGGAGCAAAAGCCUAAAGAAAUAUUUGUAUUUGAGGAUGGAUCUGUGGUCUUCUGGUGUAUACCUGAAGUUGAAAGAUCUGCGUUCAUCAAAGUAUUAACAAAAUUUGCUGAAGGUCCAUACAUCUCCAGUCUUGUUUUGUUUGAAAGAGAGGAGAUGGAUUUCGUUUACGUCAAUGAUAGGUCUCAUUUACAAGGGGAAACAAUACAUAUAAAACUGAGUGAGGAAGAAAAAGACAAAGUCCUGGAGAUGUACAGUUUUUCUAAUGCAAUGGCACAGUCUGUAAAACUGGCCAUCUGGGAGAGUUCGUUGAACAAGUUUGUAUCCUCUAUAGAAGACAUUAUUGAGGAUUUGAGGAAAGGUCAUAAAAUUGGAAUCUCUCGGAGACAAAUACUGAUGAAAAUUGGGGAGCUGUUCUCUUUAAGGCAUUUAAUAAACCUAAGCUCUGAUUUGUUGGACACCCCUGAUUUUUACUGGGAUAGACAAUCCUUAGAGCCGCUGUAUAGAUCUUUAUACUUUUACCUCAACAUUGCCAAGAGAACAAGAGUCAUCAAUGAAAAGAUUAAUCACUGCUGUGAACUGACUGAUUUGGUGAACUCACAUCUCAAUGAUGCUCACCACACAAGACUUGAACUCAUGAUCAUCAUCCUUAUCUUGGUGGAGGUUCUGUUUGCCUGUGCUCGCUAUGCAGAGAAAUAUUUUGCUUCUCGCUCCAAGCAAGUGAAAAAUUCACCAGAAACAUUUCUAGAGCCACAUUUCACAUCAGACACUCCAUCAAACUAGAAACAUUUCUAGAGCCACAUUUCACAUCAGACACUCCAUCAAACUAGAAAGAUCAUAUGUGUGGGUGAAACUAGUUGAAUGUAUAAUCUUUAUUAUUUAAUGAUUUCGGACUUCUGGACAUUGUUCCUAGCAUUUAAGUUUUAUAAAUAAGUUAGUUGUAUUAAAAGCUGGUACUGAAGAACCCUCAUAUGGCAAUCAGUCCCAGUUAUUAGUUUCAAAUAAAUUGAAUAUGUUGUACUGUGAUUUAUUUGAACAAAUAAUAAAAUUACGAACUAUGAAAA